AAAGAGGAGGAGAGAGACAGAGAAGGAGAUAGAGUGGGCACCAUACAGCCACAUACACUCCACAUAAAGACAUUGAGACAAAUGCUAGGAAUCCAGAAGCCACGCCAACGUGCCAGGUUUAGAAAGACAAGGAUGGCCGCAGCGAUUUCUGCCCGUAUCUAGUGAAGCCCACCUAACCUCUGAAGCCCACCUAAACACAACUCUACAGACCGGAGUCGAUACAUUUUCCAACUGCUCAGCGUGUCCAGCUAAACCCACCCCCCUAGACCUGCUGCGUGGGACACAGACUGGGAGAAAGAGGAGAGAGGGGAAGAGGAAGACCAGCGGCAGGUCAGGAAAGAGACUUGAGCGGCGCCUCCGAGGAGCCAUGAGGACGGCCAGGCGGGCCAGCACCGUGGAGGUGCCCUCCUUCCUCCGCCAGCUGGCCAAGGAGACAGAGAAGAUGGUCACCUUCUUCUUUAAGGGGGGACAGAGAGACGGCCAGGAGGGGAGCGAAGAGGACUCCAGUGAUGAGGAUAACGGGCCAAGUGUCUACCUGGACCGGCCCAUCCUGGAGAAACACGCGACCGAGGGAGGGUCUCAGUGGGGGUUGAACUAUGCAACGGCCAGCAUGCAGGGCUGGAGGGCGCAGAUGGAGGACGCCCACGCCUGCAUGCCGGAGAUGGGAGGGGAGCUGGCGGAGUGGGGCUACUAUGCAGUGUUUGAUGGACACGCUGGCAACACGGUGGCACAGUACUGCUCCCGCAAUCUGCUGCAACACAUCCUCGCUACAGGGCGCGUAAAGGCAGAGGAGAACCCUGAUGACGUGAAGGAGGGGAUCAUCGAGGGCUUCCUGGCCAUUGACAGCCACAUGCACACGCUGACGCGCCAGGAAUGCUGGGAGCGCAGCGGCUCCACGGCGGCCGUCGUCAUGCUCUCGCCGCAGUACGUCUACUUCGUCAACUGUGGCGACUCGCGGACGCUCCUCUGCCGCGACGGCCAGGUCAUCUUCUACACGGAGGACCACAAGCCCGUCAACCCCAGGGAGAAGGAGCGAAUACAGAACGCAGGCGGCUCGGUGACCCAGCAUAGGGUGAACGGCUCCCUGGCCAUGUCCAGGUCCCUGGGAGACUUUGACUUUAAGGAGGUGGAGUGGAGGUCCCAGACUGAGCAGCUGGUUUCCCCAGAGCCAGAGGUGUAUGAGCUGGAGAGGUCCCCGCAAGACGAGUUCCUCAUAGUGGCUUGUGACGGCGUGUGGGACGCCAUCGGCAACGAGGAUCUGUGUGCAUUCGUCCGCAGCCGCCUGCAGGUUUGCAAUGAUCUGAGGGAGAUAUGCAACCAGGUCAUUGACCUCUGCCUCUAUAAGGGUAGUUUGGACAACAUGAGCAUCAUCAUCGUGACCUUCCCUGGCGCACCCCAGGUUUCACAAGAGGCCCUACAACAAGAGGCCGAGCUCGAGACACUCCUCGAGGCCAAAGUGGAAGAGAUAGUAAAUUUGCUAAGGUCGGAGGACAAGGACCCUGACCUGCUGUAUGUGAUGAAGUUUCUGGUCUCUGAGGACAUACCUGGCCUGCCACCUGGGGGAGGAGUCACCAGCAAAAGAGACUGUGUCAUCUCUGCGUAUCAGAAGUUUGUAACGCCCUCCAGAUCUCUGGAACCAAUGGACAUCGGAGGAUCUGAAGAAUCCAACUAGUCGUUUCCAUGUAAAUGUAUUAUGUAGCCUCACGUAUCCAUGGUGACCAAUUCCAACUGGGGACUCUUUUCAGCUGAGGAAUCAGCCAAUGGCUAAAUAAAGAAAUAUGGUGGGAGGGGGUUUGACCUGGGCCUGCCCUUAGCCAAUCAUCUCUUCUCUGUUCCUCAUGUGCACUGUCUAUCAACAAGUCUACUGUAUCUUUAGAAAAUAUCAAAUAGUUGGCAUUUUCCAAGAAGGGAAGAAUGACAUAUUCCAAAACUAUUCUUUAAAAUGCAUGACAAUUAGAUAGAAUAUUUUCUAACAACACUUUACAGUGCCUGAGUAGAUCUGGUUACUUUUCUUGAAGACUAGAAGCUUGUGAAUAAGGCUGAUCAAGUGGUUUCAUUUAAAAGCUAAUUGAUAUGUUUAAGCGGUGCGCAACUCCAUACUACAGCUGUAAAUCAAGUUGACCAAACACCCCUUCAACCAUCGCAGACCAGCGAAGGCUCCGAUACGGAUGUGUCCUGUGAUGGCAUGGCCUACACUAAAUAAUCUGCAGAAUCCUGUGAGGGAACAUAGGUGACAUGAAUAGAUGAAUAGUGUGUGUGUGUGUGUGUGUGUGUGUGUGUGUGUGUGUGUGUGUGUGUGUGUGUGUGUGUGUGUGUGUGUGUGUGUGCGUGCGUGCGUGCGUGCGUGCGUGCGUGCGUGCGUGUGUGUGUGCGUGUGCGUGUGUGUGUGUGUGUGUGUGUGAGAGAGAGAGAGAGAGAGAGAGAGCAGAGGAUAACAUGGGGUGUGGGAUUAUUGUCAAACAUACUGUACCCCAUAAAAUGUAACCUUUUUGCAGUUUAAAGCACAGAUGCUCACAGCUAGACAUGAUUUAGACCAGUGUGAUGCGUAAAGUAGUACAGCUAUAGGUAAAUCGCUUUGCUGUUUGCAUGUUUUCAUUGUGCUGCCUUACAAAACUCUCUCAAAACUCUCAAACGGAUGAACAUAGUAACUGUAUUCCAUGACAGAGGUCAAAAUGAGCUAGACUAUAGAUCAAACACCGCUGCAGUAUGUCUGUUUGAAUUCUAUGAAAUCAGAAGGAAAUAGGAUCCAAGACCAUUCGACAGCACUACAGGUUACUAUGAGAUCUUUCACAAUCGCAUGUCAAUUGGGGCAAUAAAUUCAUGAAAUAGAAUAACAUUCUGUGAACAAUGUUGUUCUGUUGUUUUUGAUGGAGCGGAGUGAGCUCUUACUCCUGAAAUGUUUGAUUUACUAUCCAAUUACAGCCUUCAGAUGGAUAGAUACUGCACUACAGGGUUAGACUAAGGACCAAGGGAGAAUAAGACAACACAGUUCCAUAACCAACCAUUGAUAUUGUCCCACAACUGUCUUUUGGCCAGUUGUAUGCAUCGAAACCAGGGGUGUCAAACUCAUUCCAUGGAGAGCCUGUGUAUUUCCUAGCACCAGUAUAUCUUACAAUAGCCUUUUCAACAGUAAUAGAAAGAUCAAGGUAUUGGGUUGAAUUUCGGACCAUUUAAUCAUCUUAUUGCAACAUGGAGUUAUUAGCCAUCUAACACCCGCGCAGGGUUGGAUGUCACCCAGUAUGGUGUUGGUUGUUACAAUGUUUGGUAGGAGUUUAAUUCAUUUUGGUAACAAGAAAUUAAGCAAUGUAGCUUAGUCUUAAAUAAUAGUCAAGCUUUUUCUAUGACGAUCAAAAUUCAGCAUUUUAAUGCCGUGAGAUUAGCAUAUGACUUUUAGUAAAUUGUUUGCACAUGUUGUCACGACUUCCUCCGAAGUUGGUCCCUCUCCUUGUUCGGGCGGCGUUCGGCGGUGACGUCACCGACCUUCUAGCCAUCGCCGAUCCACUUAUCAUUUUUCCAGUGGUUUUGUCUUGUCUUCCAUCACACCUGCUUCUAAUUCCAUCAAUUACAUGUUGUGUAUUUAACCCUCUGUCCCCCCCCAUGUCCUUGUUUGGAAUAGUUUUAUGUAGUGCUUGUGCAACGGUAUGCUGGUGAUUACUGAGUUUUGUUUGACCCAUUUCAUGUUUUGUUCUGUUGACGGUGGUUCAUGUUUCAUUGAUAUAGGAAAAUUGCAUUUGUGUGUGUUAGGCAGUGGCGACCCGUCAUUCAGGGCAGGUCAUUUUGGUAUUGAUACGUGUCACAUGUCAGUUUGCAAACAGUGUACGUAAAAAAAAAUAAAAAAACGUCAUUGAGUUAAUAA